CUAGCUAUAAAAAUGCUCUCUGUUCCUGAAGAUCGAGAAAUUGAACUCUCUGAACGCAGCCCCGAAACUUGCACAGGUAUGCAGAAAGCAUUGCUGAACUCUGGAUGCCAUCGCCAGGGAACUCUGAAACUGGACCUGCCUCAAGGUGAUGCUGUGAAAGGGGUUUUUCAGUUAGGAAAACCCAGGCAAACUUAGACCAAAGAGGAUAGGCAUUGUGGAAUCUCUCGCCUGCCAGGGCAGCUGCUUCUGUUGUUUUUCCAGAACAAGGCUGGGUUGACAUCUGUGGAUUUUUGUAGGUAAUCAAUGAAUUUCCAGAUGGACGAUUAGUUCAUGAGACACACAACCUAGCUUUAUCACCUGAAAGUGCUUCCUUGAGAGUGAAGAUUGUGGAAACAGGCUAAAGUUUUGUGGGAACUGACCUGCUGAGGAUCACUUUUCUCCAAGACCCUAAAAUGGUGAACAGCUACAAUAAACUGGAGGCAAUGCUAACUCUUGUCAUGCUGCUCUGGAUAACUCUGGUCCGAGGUUCCUGCGGCAGCUGUCCAGCAGGUACUUUCUGGAAUGGUACAGACUGCGGAAAAAACAAAAAUCAGGCUUGCAUCCCGUGCCCCCCAAAUAGUUUCUCUAGUACAGCUGGUGAACAGAGGACAUGUGACAUAUGCAAGAGAUGUGAAGGUAUUUUCAGAACUAAGAGAGAAUGUACUCCAACAAGUGAUACGGAGUGUGAUUGUAUGUCCGGGUAUCAUUGUGCUGGAGCAGGAUGUUCUAGAUGUCAACCAGAUUGCAAGCAAGGGCAAGAAUUUAUAGGAAAAGGUUGUAGGGACUGUAGCUUUGGUACCUUUAAUGAUCUGACACAGGGGAACUGCAGACACUGGACAAACUGCUCUCUGAAUGGAUUAGUUGUGCUUGUAAAUGGAACUAAUAAAAGAGAUGUGGUAUGUGGACCCGCCAAAACAGAUGUCACUCUGGGUGCAAUCUCUGUAACAGUUCCUGCUUCUCUCAUGCGUACUGAUAAGGACCGUCAACUAGCUAUCUUUACUCUGGCUCUGACUAUGGCUACAGGAUUCUUUGUGCUCCUCCUCUUGUCAUGGUUCUGUUGUGGCAUCAGAAACAAGAAGAAACUGCCCUACCUGCUCAAGCAAACUUUUAUAAAACCAGUGCAGACUGCCCAAGAAGAAGAUGCCUGUAGCUGUGGGUUUCCUGAAGAAGAACAAGGAGAUCGUGAAAUCAUUAAGUUCCAAUCUGAGCUGCAUUUGGAGCUGUUUUUAAAAGACUCGAAGUAGUAAGGUUUUGGGGCCAUUAUCAGACACUACCAGAAAACUUGUCUGCUGAUGCUACUUGGAAAGGGGCUUAAGAAAGGGACUGUGCUGGUUAAAAAGAGAGACAUAAGCCCUUUUAUUGGAUAUAGUAUGUCUCGGAAUGGGCUCUGAGUUAGAACUGUCUGGUGAGGGCAGUCCCCUUCAACAGUACAGAUUAUAACCCAUCCAUAGCUGCCCAUGAUGUUUGACUCUUGUCCCACAUUCACCAAUGAGCUAGAAGCCUGCACUGCUUUCCCCUGACAUUUCAAGGGCACCUUCCUUCAAGCUCCUCAUUGAUUGUACAGGGCAUUCUCAAAGUCUUAGUGCUUAAAAACUCCACUAAGACUUUGGAGACUGCCUCUUCCUGAUUCAAGCUCAGUCACUAUAUAUCCAGACAGUUUUUCUGUGCUACAAUAUGUCAGCAAUUUUUUUUAAAAGGUGAGAAAUCUCAAAGUAAAUCUGUAUUAUUCCUAUCAGCACAGGACACUGUCUCUAGCUUAUGCUAUUACCAGAUCUUUUAGUGGAUGAGGGAAACAGAGGCAGGAGUCUCAUAAAUAUUGUUCAGAAACAACAAAGGGCCCCAGGGAUAGUCUGCAAAGUUAUCCAUCUCUACUCAGCCUGUGGUCCUUUUCUUCUCUCCUGUUCCCUCCCCAUCAGAGCAAUUUUCUCAUAUUCCACCCUUCCCACUCUCUAUACUUCCCACUCUUCCUUGCCUUGAGCCGAAUUUCUUCCACCCAUCCCAUUUACUCUACCUCUUCCCUACUUCUCACUCCUCUAUAAAACACUGUAUCUAUAAAACCUUGCAUCUCAUGCAUUGUUCUUCAUCACCCCCUCAUCAGCGAGCCUCCAAACACAUCAUCUCCUAGCCUGUUUAUUCCCCAUCCCUUUUUUGAUAGCUGCUCGCUGAUUCUCCCAUAGUUCAACCAUGAGUGAGUGGGAUGUCACUGGACCUAUGAUUUUAUCAGUAUAGGGAAUUUCCUAUUACUUUGCCCAUGAUUAGGAGACACUGCCAUUCAGUGGGCAAUGGUACUAUGGUUAUAGAUUAAAUAUGGCACCAAAAAGACACAUUUUUCCUAAGUGUGGUUAGCCCAAUUACAUUUUAGCUUAGUUUGGGCAAUACUUGAGAGAGUUAUGGGCUACAUGUGGCCCAUAGGUUGUGUGUUUGACCUCUCUGAUCUAGCCCAACCUCCUAAUUUUCCAGAGGAGGAAACUGAAGUAUAAAGAAGCAAUGGGUAGCUAGGUGGCACAGUGGAUAGAGCACCA